AUGACCAAGAAAAGGUCCCAAGUAAGGAAAGAUGAUGUUGAGAGGAAGACAGAGAAGAAGGCAGCUGUCACAGACAAGGGCACAGCAACGAGUGCAGAAGCACAGAGUCUGGAAAGUGAGCAAACCACGGGAUUGGGCGACAGCGACAGUGAGCCAACUGUGCCUUGGGACCUUGGCAAGACAACUGAGGUCAUGCUCCUCUGGCUAUUCGCCUUCUUCACCCUGCGGUCGUGCAUAUGGAGGAUCGGCAUGUGGCUUCUGCGCAUUUCAUCAGAAGCACAGCUCACAGCAAGUGGGCUGGCAGGCUUCACCCUCAGCCUGGACCUGUCCAUGCUUGUGGCCACCAUGUUCAUCCUGAAGCAGUCGCUCAGGGAGUACAGGCCUCUACGGGAGAGAGGCCUGUUCCCACUGCACUUCAGGGGCCGCUGGUGGGUUUACGUAUUGCUGUCUUGCUUAUUCAUCCCAAUGGUGGACUGGCUGGGGACAAGGAUCAUGGUGGCCUUCCCAAAUGAGAUGGAUGGGCUGCCCAGCACCACAGAGGUGCAGCUGGCCAAGGGGCACACCAUGACCAAUGUGCUGUACUUCAUCCUGCUAUCGCUCUGUGCACCACUGUGGGAGGAGAACCGGAAACUCGAGUACACGAGACUGGAGAAGAACCACCGCCGAAGUGCGGCCUGCUGUGUGGCGUCAGGCCGCAGCGACCUCUCGUUUUCUCUGCUGCUUCGGGAGCUAGGAUUCGCGCUGAUGGAUGUGGAUCAGUUCUCCGAUGCGUCGUUCAGUGCCAAAGCGUGGGUGAACGCGGCCUGUGCACGCCGAGCGGAGGGAGAGCCGCUUGAAAGGUACCUUGCAGAAUUGGAGAUGAAGCUCCAGCUGAGCUGUGAAGAUAUUGAGGCUGCGCUUGAGGACUGCAGUGCCCAGGUGCUGAGGAGGAUACCCACAGCCCUUCAGGAGGUUGCAAGAAUACAGGGGGAGGCAGACGGGCUACGCUUUGGUGUGCAGGGCCUGGUAGGGAAAUUGAAACAUGACCACACCGCUGGCAGUCAGGCCAUUGCUGGGCUGCUGGAGGUUGACAGGGUGAAGAGGAAUGUAGAAGCUGCAUGCAACACCCUCCAGGAAGCCACAGAACUGUCAGAGCUGUUUGCACGUGUAGACAGCAUCUUUGCAGCUGGCGAUGUAACAGCGAUGGCAAACACCCUGGCGACGAUGAGGAGAGGACUCGACCUUGUGGGAGACGUCCCAGAAUUUAGGGGAGGGAGACAAAAGCUGAAGAAUCUGGAGGACAGUUUGGUUGCCAGGAUAGAGCCACGGCUGUCAAGUGCAUUGGCGCAAAAAAAGGGGGAACAAGUGAGAGUACUGGCUGGACUGCUGUUGUCCAUUGGGCAUGAUGACAUGCUGCAGAGGCUGUAUGCAUCAACAUGGUUGCAACAGCAGUCUGGGCCACGAGACGCCCUGGCGUCUGGGCUGUCCAGCCCCUCCGCAUCUCCCAAGGCCCUGUGUGGGGCGCUUCGCCAGUGGCACGAUUCCCUGAUGCUGUCCAUCGAGGUUGAGCUCCAGUGGUGUGACGUUUUCCUUCCAGAGCAAUCCUCACAACUGGUUGUGUGCAUAUUGAUGUCUGCCAUCGAAGAAUCCAAUAGGAUGCUGUCCAGCCUGCUGUCCCAGCGUGCAUCGGUGCUGCUGUCCAUGGAUAUGCAGAAGACUGCACUCGACUUCUUCUACCGGUUGGCAAGGUUGCUGGUGCCCCUGACUGAAUACGACAAAAUGGCAGCCGUGGCGUGCCUCCUGUACGAGCCUUUUGAAGUGGAAGUCCAACGCUUUGCAGCAUUGGAGAAAGAAACCCUGAGGCGCUGCAUCGAUGGCAUUGCGUCCAUAUCAGAAGGGGCAGGACUGCAGGAGGGCGAAGGGGCUGAACCGAUGGUGGACUGGAUGGCAGAGUCUCAUCAACGGGUUCUCAUGGAGGUGGAGGGGACUCUAAACAGGUGUUUGGAGUUCACAGGUGGCACCGAGCUUGCUGUCCUUGUGCCUGUCCUUGACAGCACCAUCCAACAACACUGUGGCAAUCUUGUCAGUCAGUUGAAGUCUGUCAGGAACAAGGUCCUUGGAGGCUCUAGAGGCGGAGGCCCAGUUGGCGAUGACAAGACAAGGGACUUAGGGGCAGUGCUACAACUGUUGCGGCUUGCAUCCCAGUUUGAGAGCCAAGUCAAAAAGACAAACAAGAGCCUGUCUGACGCUGUGGUGGGGAUAACACCAAAGUUGGUCGCUGCAAAGAGCGACCAGAAACCCAACCUCGCGGACCUGACUGUGAUCAGGUUGCAGAACGAUCAACGAAAAGCAGCACAGCUGUCCGGCCUGAUCGAUGAUGCACAGGGCCCUCGCUUCGCGCCUCUCUCAACGGCUCAGAUGAGCCUGGCGGGAUUCAAGGCUGCGGUGGAGGCUCUUGUGUUUGACGUGCUGAUGGACAAGCUGAGGCAACAUUUCUUGGGCAUAAGCACCAUGAAGGAGUGGAAUGCCGCUGGCGACUCGAGCGGACUGGAUCUCCCCAAGUUCAGUGCGUACCCGCUUCAGUACGUGAAAUCCACUGGCGAGUACCUGAUGAUGCUCCCACAACAGCUGGAGGCCCUUGUGGGCGCAGAGGAGGAUGUGGAGGUCGACGCACAGGAAGAUUGUGAGGGCGAGUUGGCCAGUCUGUGGCUUGACAAGGUAGUCACAGGUGCUGCCGAGCUGUACGUGGACGAGCUGCUCCGUGUGCCUAUCCUGUCCGCAUCGGGCUGCGCCCAGCUGCUGGCGGAUGUCGAGUACUUUGGCAACGUGCUGUCGGCGAUGGGAUUCCCUCGGCCAGACGCGCUCGCCGCGGUGCAAAAGGCGGCGUCGAUGCCUCUGGGGGAUCUUGAGAAGGCCGCGGGGGGCACUGGCCCGAAGACGGGAGGCGCUUCAGCGGUGCUGGCGGCCGUUGCAAAGAUGCGGGGUGCAGCUCCUCAUUGA